AUGGUCCGAUUUUUCUCCUCAAGAAUUGCUCGAGAAAUGGUGAGUUGAAAUUUGGCUCCAGAAAAAAAUUGAGAUGGAAUUGAAAUUGAAAUUAAGAAUGAAAUGAGAAGUGUCAAAUUACGAAGUCCUUCAUAGAAAAAACACAUUGCCCAAUCUGUACUUCUGUUUAUUUGCAUUCCAUUGAAAUUCUAUAUAUCUUUAGUUAUUUAUAGUAAGUCAGGAAAUUUCAUAUAUAUUUUUCCUCCUUCUCCUUAAUUUUUCUGCCCCACAAAAAUAUUUAGUUUCUACGCGAAUCAAAAAUUCGCCAUUUUCACACAUAAUUUUUCUGAACUUUUUCGGCAGUUUAUUUUUGAGUAUUCGCCGCACGCGAUUUUCAUUUCCGAAUUCCUGAAUGAUGAUGAUAAUCCUUGAACUUGCGGUUUCAAAACGAUCACUCAUUUUUUCGCCCCAAAACCGAACAGUUGCUUUUUUUGCAGCAAGCGGUGAUGAAAAAAGGUUUGGAAUUUUUCCGGACUCUCAAGUUUCAAAAAAAUUCUUCAACCAAACUCAUAUUUUUUGUUGAGUGAGAGAAAGAAGAUUUGUCGGUCACUUAAUUAUUUUUUCUGAUUUUUUGAGAAAAAAGAUCAUUGUGUAAAAAAAUAGCCACUAUAUACUUUUUUUCUCACUAUCUUUGAUAUUUGAAAAUUUUCGGAAUGAUUUCGAAAAUUCAUGACAUUUUUUGAGUAUGUAAUUUUCGGCUUAAAAAUUCGAAUGGUCAAUCAAUUUUUUGAGGCGCCUAUUAAUUAUUCGUGUAUUUUGAUUUACAGAAAUUAAUUUCCUUGAAAAUUUUCAGACCCAUUUACUGAAAAAUUCGUGUCUUGUUUUUUUUUCUUCCUCAUUUUUUCUAAAUCAAAUCCUUUGUUUCAGGCAAUCAGAGCAGAAAGAAUGGCGAUUCCAUCAAAUCUUAUGCAAUUCUCAGAAGAUAUCAUCAAACAAUUAACACCGGAAGAAAUCGAUGAAUUCAGAGAGGCAUUUAUGAUGUUUGAUAAAGACGGAAAUGGUACAAUAUCUACCAAGGAAUUGGGAAUCGCAAUGCGAAGUUUGGGACAAAAUCCGACUGAACAAGAGAUUAUGGAGAUGAUUAAUGAGGUCGAUAUUGAUGGAAAUGGGCAAAUCGAAUUCCCUGAAUUCUGUGUGAUGAUGAAAAGAAUGAUGAAAGAAACCGAUUCGGAAAUGAUUCGAGAAGCAUUUCGAGUAUUUGAUAAAGAUGGAAAUGGUGUAAUUACUGCGCAAGAAUUUCGAUAUUUUAUGGUUCACAUGGGAAUGCAAUUCUCUGAAGAAGAAGUCGAUGAAAUGAUCAAAGAGGUUGAUGUGGACGGUGAUGGUGAAAUUGAUUAUGAGGAAUUUGUCAAAAUGAUGUCAAAUCAAUAG